GCCGGCGCCCACCCCCAGCCCGCGCAGCCUCCCGAGUCGCCGCCCACGUCGCCCGCCGCGUCCGCCGCCUCCGCCUCUGCCGCCUCCGGCUCUGCCUCCGGAGACGGCGACGGCGACAGCGCCGACGACUACGCCGACGCAGACAGCCGUGACUCCCGGCCGGCUCCGGGCUCUCAGGUGCAUGCUGAGGGUGGUGAAUCGGAGGCGAGUGCUUCACCCAGCUCGGCUCUGUCAUUGUCAUCGGUGGGCAGCACAAGCUGUGGCAGUACUGUUGUCACCUCAGCAACAUCCCUGUCACAGUCGCCGCUGCAGCAGCAGCAUAGCCAGCAGCCUGCUCGACACAUAUACAAGCCAAAGUUCCAUAAGGCGGUACUCUACCAGCAGCAACAAGAUGAAGCAUCGCUCCCUGCCACUAUUAAUGAAGCUUCAUCAUCACCAUUAUCAUCACAGUCCCUGCAACAGGAGCAACAGCAGCAGGAGCAGCAGCUGGCGACAAGCAGUGCUGAUGUGCAGAACCCACUUCCUCCUCCCCCGCUUGUUUGCCAUGGUGCAGCUGGCAGCCCUAGCCCUGAGGUGAUAACACGUCAUAUCACCAAUAUCAUCACACACAACCAGCAAGUUGUCUCCUGCAGCUGGCCCAAGAAAAUGCACCUACACCGCCAACAGAUGCAGCAGCAGCCAGACCACUCUUCAAGGCUUGCAGCAGCGCUAUUACGCCCUAGCAGGACAGAGGCAACUCCAUCACCACGUCCAUCUGAGGGCAGUAGCGCCUGUUCGACACCAGAGCCAGUAAAUACAACGCUGGUGCAACAGCCACUCAAUUUGUCAUCACGGCCUGUCCCAGUGUUGGCGCAAGAACCAGCACCGGGUGUUGAAGCACCACAGCGUCUCAAGACAGUGGGUCAGAUCCCGCCAUUGGUACAGCAACAUGCUGUUAGCCAGGUACUCCGUGAUCACAACCAUGGAUGUGGGCCACCAAUUGAUCCUGGCCCUGACAGCAGUGCGGCACUUGCCCUCCUCAAUGAUCUAGCCUCUGCCACCAGCAAAGAACACACUGCUGAGAACUCCAUAAUCAAAAGACUGUUACUGAAACGGCGUGCUGCUGAGGCAGCAGCGGCAGCAGCGGCUGCUGCAGAGGUGGGUGCUACGUUGGAGCCCACAUCCCAACCAGCUGAUGAUCUUCCUACUUCAUCUGUGACGACUGCAAGCUUCCAGUUUGUGUGUAAUGUGUGCAAGAUCCCAUUUCGCAGUGCAGAGAACCUAGAGACUCACCAACAUUACUACUGCUCUAGGAGGCCCAGAAUAUCAUCAGCAAGCUCGUACAGCUCUCUUGAAGAGACCAGACAUCAAAGAACAGCACUGAAGGUGGAUGUACGUGCUGCAGUGGCCAGUGGUGAUCGUGUGGCUCCACCUUUUCCAUCACCGGGACCUCUACUGGGUUCUACACCUCUUAUUGACAGCUACAGGCCUGAAGACAAAAGACGUCGCCUUGACUCGGAACGUUCAUCCUCUGCAUCUUCAUCUUGCUGUACGUCACCCUUACCUUCAUUGCGUUCCAUUGAGGAAUUAUCAAAGUGCCCACCGCCAGCACCACCUCGGCCCAACUCCCUUCAGAUGUUUGGGGGCGAGGUGCAAAUCUUGGAUGCAGCUGGUGAAAUGAAGACAUUGCGUAUAGAGCCAUCAACACGUGGCAGUGGGCACAGUCCAGGGCUCACAGUUGGGCACAUGGGAGGAGGGCUUGUGGUAGGUCCCUGCUCUACAACAGCUAAUGUAAUUGAAGGCGGGCAGCCACAGUCUCCACACAUAGUCGUUACGAUAGCACGCUCUGGGCUUCACUCGGGAGGCACACUUGUUCAGCUACCUACGACAACUAUCAGUUCGGGAGUAGCUGGCGUCGCUGCAGCAACAAUGACUCCUACACCUGCAGGAGGCAGCUCUGCUAACGGUGCACGUACGCCGAGGACUUCGGGUGGUGGUGUAGUAAGCCCAAAGCCAACUCAAAACACCCCAUCCACUGUUCCUGCUGCUGCUUCUGCACCUGCUAUGUUUCCAGCAGCACGUCUUGUAACCCCUAACAUUGCCACACCUGAUUUGGCAGUACCUGGUAUUCCUCCGCCAGGUCGUCCACUGCCAUUUCCUGUGGCUUUCCCUGCAUUCCUUAAUCCCUUAACACACAUCACUGCCUACAACCCUCUGACACUCCCUCCACCAUCUGUUGCAAGUGGAACCAGUGGAACUACAGGGGUGGUGACAAUACAGUAUGGUGGUAAAGUUAUUCCUCAUGUGCCUGGAAUACCUGGCCCGCAGACACUUCUCCUAAGGAAUACUGCCCCUCUUGAUUUAGCUGUGACUAGUGGUGUAGUGCAGGCAUCACCAACCACUGUAGUGGACAGUCCUCGCAUGAGUCCCCAAGUAUCAAAAGCCCCUGUAAAAUGUUCUACCACAGGACUCAUAACAGUGUCUGCUCCAUCCAAGCGUGAAACACGUGAUGACACCAUAAGGUUACCGAGUGCAUCAUCUUCGCCACCAAAGAAGAUGCCAAAAUUGCAGUCAACGCUACCAAUGAUCAAGGUAGACUGUGCUUCAUCUCCUGGAGAAGUCACAGUUGAGCGUUUGGUUUCUGAAGAUUCUGUCAAACGUUUAUCACCAUCAAAACCAGUUGCAAUAACACCACCACCAAGGAAAGUUUCCAGAGGAAGUGACAGUAUUGUGAUGGGCUCUAAAUGUGAAAGUUCAUUAUCACCUGCAAAACCAGAAAAUGGUGGCAGAACAGAAAGUGCAGAUAUCGAAAAAAGUAUAGAUAAUGAGGAUGGAAAUGGAAAGAGUGGAAAUUCUGAUAGCUCUCAUCGUCCACGGUUUCUUAGGCCUACAUCGUUACCAUUGAAGCCAGGGACAUUUACACCAAAGAAGGUACACGGUAUGGGGUUGACACCAGUUUUGCCUCUCGUAAGCCCAGAGACCCCACGACCAAAAAAGUCGUAUGGACAGUUGUACUUGAAUGGGCAUGCAUACACAUAUUUGGGCCUAAAAUGCUCAGCUCGUUCGUAUUAUUGCACUCUGAAUAGGCUUCAACCUAUGUAUGUGCUACACAGCCCUGAACACUCGAAGCUGUCAAUGUACUCCAAUUGGAAGGUUUGUUCAGAGGCUGCUCCAAACCCUCUUGGUCUAGAGCCUGGCAAGGCAAUGGCACUGUACGAUUCACGUCAUAGACCAGUUGUGUAUACAGUGGCAAGAGCUUCACAAAAGCAUGCAUUGGUUAUGACCCAUUCAUCAUAUUGGCAGAAUAAAACUUUGAAUCAGAUGAAGAACAAAGAAAAGAAAGAUGUAAGUGAUGAAGGUACAUCUGAAGAUAAGACACAUGCUGAUGACGGAGAAAAUAGUUCCGAGAACACCACCAGUGGACAAGAAGGUCCACAAAGUGGUGAGCAGCCACCAAGGAGGCUUAAAAUCUUUGAUGGGGGCUUUGAGUCUAAUGAAGAAUAUACAUAUGUGAGAGGGAGAGGCCGUGGUCGUUAUGUGUGUGAGGAAUGUGGGAUCCGUUGCAAGAAGCCCUCUAUGCUCAAGAAGCACAUUCGCACUCACACAGAUGUCCGGCCAUUCACCUGCAAGCACUGUAAUUUCAGUUUCAAAACAAAAGGAAAUUUGACAAAACACAUGAAAUCAAAGGCACAUUACAAGAAGUGUGUAGAACUUGGAAUUGUACCUGUACCAACUGUUGUUGAUGAUAGUUACAUUGAUGAAGAAUGUCUGGCAAAACAGCAAGCAAUGCGAGCUUCUCGAAUUGAAGAUGGUGAAUCGGAGUCUGAUGAUAAUGAUGAAGAUGAGGAUGAUGAUGAUGAUGAGGAUGAAGAUGAGGAUGAUGAACAAGUGCCAGCUGAUGAGGACUGUGAUGAUGAGGCAAACAAAGGAGCUCCAGAGCGUGAAGCAGCUCGCAGCUUGCUGUCUCUCAGUCGCGGUGGUGGCUCGAGUUCACCGGGGCUUGCGUCGGCUGGUUUAGUACCUGCAGUUGCAGCCAGGCCAAACACAUACCCAUAUAUGGCUACUACUAUUGUUCCGACACCACACACUCCAACACUUUCAGCAGUCAGUGCUCAGACAGAGCGUGAAAAGGUGUCAAACAAUACUGGACUGGCCCUUGGACUGGAAGGAACCACAGGUGGUGGACUUGUUGUGCAAAGCACAACAAACCGUUACUAUUUCCCAUCUAACCGCACAACCACUACUACUUCCACACCACAACCUGCUUUGAGUGUCAGUAGCCCCACCACCUCCACUGUACCUCUUGUCACUACACGUGAUAAAGAUGGUCUUCCAGUAGACCUAAGCACUCGAUCACAACUUCAGCUGCAUGUCCAGACACAGCCUACAACUCCAGUUUCAGAAAUUCUGACUCCUGUUUCGGAACCAGCUACCCUUCUCGCUUCUCUUUGCAGCUCUGCAGAGCGAUGUCCUCCUCCUCCAGCACCUCCAGUACCUGCCCCAGCUGAAGCUACAAUGCUGCAGGCUUACCUGACUGAACGAGCUUUGCAGGAUGCGAGAGUGAAGCGUCAUCAGGUACUACAGCCUGAACCUACUCCUCCAGUAACAGAUGUUGCUGGAAAUUGCAGUACACCGACUGCUUCAUUUCCAACUCCUGUAUCACGUACUGAAACUUGUUUGUCAGUAGAGGUGACCUUCCCAGCUGUUUCUUCAGUUGCUGCCUCUGUAUCUUCUUCCAUCCCUAUUUCGGUAGCACAGUCUUCAAGUAUGCAUGUGGAACUGACAGCACCAAAUGGAUCACCUGCACGAUCCUCUCCUUUUAGCAGUCAGCGUCCAUUGUCUCCACCUACCACUCAGACUACGACAACUCGUGAAAGUCCAACUCAGUCACCAGGUGGUCCAAAAGCAGAGUUCAUGCCACCGUCCAGUGGCCCGUCACCUAGCUAUGUCAGUAUAACAGAUGAUGGCCGAAGUAUGUGUUCAAUCUGCAACAAGAUUUUUUCCAAACCAAGCCAGCUCCGCUUACAUGUUAACAUACAUUACUUUGAACGUCCUUUUCGUUGCGAGUCAUGUGCAGUGUCCUUCAGAACGAAGGGGCACUUACAGAAGCAUGAGCGUUCUGUCAGCCAUCAAAAUAAAGUCAGCAUGAACUCCACUUUUGGAGCUCCAACUACUACAAAUCCUCGUCCUUUCAAAUGUGAUGACUGCAAAAUAGCAUUUCGUAUACAUGGCCAUUUAGCUAAACACCUGCGAUCAAAAAUGCAUAUAAUGAAACUAGAGUGUGUGGGCAAGCUGCCAUUUGGAACAUAUGCCGAGAUGGAGAGGGAAGGCAUAAGUUUAAAUGAGAUUGACACCACAGAUUGUGAAAAUUCCCUUGAAAGUUUGCAGGUGUUGGCACAGAAGUUAUAUGAAAAGGAUCCUUCAAAACUUGGACAGUGGGAUGGUGAGCGUGGACUACUCUUUCUUCCAAAUUCUCACAGUCAACUUAGUGGAGGAGAAACAUCUUCAGAUGAAGGAGAACCUCUUAUUGGAUACCAGAGCCCACAUUAUCCAGAAGCUACACCAUCAGCACCUGCUGUUUCUAAUGUUAACCAUGAGCUGAUUAAUGUGUCCACAAACCAACAACAUCGUUCAAAAAAUGAUCAGUUAUUUACCAGACAUGCUAAAGUCAACUCUCAAAUCAGCUAUAAUAAUGUCUCAGUAGCAAAUGUUGUAGAAACAAAGUAUGAUGAUCUGGCACCUAGCUUGUAUUCAAGAAGUCAUAUUAAUAAGACUGGAAAAGAAAGAGCUAUACAGUCCAGAGCACAAUUAAAUGUUCACACAGCAGAAGUAUCUAAAGAAUAUUUUAAAAUAGUAGAAAGUUGUCAGAACAAUUCAUUGCAUAUGGGGAAUUCUGUUCACCAUACAGAAAAAACAAGUAUGGAAUUACAGCAGAAGGAACCGUUUAGACAAAUGAGGAACAGUUGUGCACAGAUUGCAUCAUUUGAUAUCAGACCAGAACAGCAAAAUGAGAAAGAUAAGAGUGUGUGUAGGACUUUCAAUGAAAUAGUCGGUAAAGAGACGGGUGUUGCAGAUGGUACCUCAAAGAGUGAUAACGAUCUUCUUGAAAGUGGGAGGAAUGGAAACACAAAUAUAUUGUUUUUUGCAAACCUCCAGAAAGAAAAAUAUAACUGCAUUAGGCCAAGUGACUGCAGUUGUCAGACUAUUGCUCUGCCAAAGCUAAUGAAAAUGGAAAAUGGAAGAGGACUAAUAAACCAAACAAUUUUCUUGUGUAAAAUGUGCAAGAAAACAUUUUCCAACAAGAAUGACCUACACGUUCACAACUUCAUCAGUCAUGAAUCCAACCAUAAUUCUCAAAGAUGUAGCCCUCUCACCAUGACAACAGUGAAUGAGAACUUUUCGAGAACAUCACCUGCAAGCAGUUUGAGGAACUGUAAUGUGUUGUUUAGUGCUACAGGUGAUAGUAAUUUGUCAGAUGGGUCAGGGAAUGUGCUUGGUACUGAACAGAUGGGAACCACCUGUGUUGACACAAAUGAACAAAGUACUCUGAUUUCUCAUAAUAGUGAUUCUUUUGGAACAUCUAAUCCAUUGGCAACUAUUUAUAAUACCCAAGGACAAUUUUUAAAACUGUGCAAAACAGGGGACGGUGAAAAUUGCAGCAUCCCAAAGGACUACAACUCACUGAAUAUACGUAGAUUAGAUGAAAGCCGGACAGUGUUAACUCCUCAUAAUGUUAGAGGUUCAUCAGUAAAAGAAUCGUGUUCAGAUUCGUAUAGUGGUAGUAAUUUGAAAGAAAGUGAGAGUUAUGGGCUCAAAACGUCUACCACAAACAGAGGCGAAGCAAGUUCUGAAGUGAGAAAUGAGAGUGGAGAAGUUAAUGUUAGGUGGACAGAAAGUAGAACUAUCUAUGAACAUUUAAAAGUUACACAAGAUAAUUGUGGUAUCCAGUGCCAAAAUAAUGAAACUUCCAUGGACUGUGGAUAUAAUUUCAGCGAAAGUGCCAUAAGCAGUUCUUGUGUGAUGCAAAAAGACAAAGUGGACAGUAAAAGCAGACUGCUUAGUAGUGAAACUGUUGAAAGUAGUGUAAGUGCUAACAAUGUUGAUAAGACAAUGUGCUGUGAUCUAUGUGGAAAGUUACAUUCAUCCAGGGAGUCUUUGCAGAAGCAUAUUUUAUCUCAUACACAGAUACGACCAUUUGUGUGUGAAUUCUGUGAUGCGGGUUUUACAUCACAGCAUCUUCUUAAUGGUCAUUUAGAGAUGCACAAAAAAGCAACAGCGCACCUAUAAGAAAAAGCAGUAAUGUGAUAGAGUAAGAAGAGAAUGUAUACAAGGCACUGGAAAGGAAUUUCCAGUUUUACAAAGAGCUUUAUUUUAUACUAAAACCAGUUUACAGCAUCUAACACAUUAUAUGAUAGCUGUCUUCAAAAUUUUAUGUAUGUUACUGUUUUUUAAAAAUUUAUGCAUUUCAAGUUCACAGCAGUAAAUUAAAUGUGUAUAAUGUUUCUGCGAAGUCAAAAACUUUGAGUAGACAGAUAAUUUGUUUAUAUGUACAGUAAAAUGAGGAAAAAUCAGUGUUCAUUACCUUGUGAUCAGAUGCAACAGAAAAUUAAUUUAUUGUAGAUAUUAUCUUGUAUUUUACAAACAUUGUUCCUAACACAACAGAAUGAAAAAAAAAAAAUGAAGUGUAUAUCAACUUUUUCUGUAUGUGUACUGCCAGACAGCUAGAUAACUGGUAGCCUUCUUUACCACAUAAAGUACAACAUUCAUAUGUGAAAUUUGGGGCCACUCUUUGUCAUUAUUAGUUGUUAAUCAGAUGUAAUUAUUUAUAAUUGUGUAUUGAAAACAAACAUAUUGCACUAUCAUCUUCCCAUUUUCAUGAUCAAUCAGAUUGUGUAUGUCAAAGAGGAAUGGUAGACCUGAACAAUAACGAAAGAAAACAUUUCACUAGGUGAAACAACAACUGAAGUUUAGAGCCCCAUGAGGAAAUUAAUAUUUCCUGCUGAAGGGGGUCAAGGGAUAAAGGUGAACUCAAAGGAUCAGUCCAUAAGUGUGAAGUUAUGGGUAGGGUGUUGUUCACUGUAAUGCCUCCAAAUCCAUUUCUUUUACCAUAAAAUUUCUAUUGCCACAAUCUUUCGUUUAUUUAGAUUUAUAUACUGUAACAUCAGGAUUCAGUUUGUUCAUGUGCACUGCUGUCAAUACAAGUAUUGUUACAUCUGCAAAUGUAAGUCGAGCAAACUUUUCUGUUUGUGCCAGCAUGGCUGGGAAAUAGAGUGAGUUUAUGGAAGGUUCAUCUUAAAAUCAUUUUUGUGGUAUGAACCAUCAGCAGUGUUAUGUUUAUCUUUUAUACUCUUUCUUUGUCCUAUUCCCUUCUCUCUCUCUCUCUCUCUCUCUCUCUCUCUCUCUCUGCGCGUGUGCGCUCGCCUUCUCGUGUGUGUCCACUGCCUACCAUGACCUGUUUAAAUUACCUUAUAAAUUGGCUUUUCUAUUCACUUUAACAUCAAAAAUGGCUUGAUUCUUCAAGUUUCAUUACUUUUGUUGCCCAGUAUUUAGUAAAUGGGGUUGUUUCAAUCAUUCUUGUUGGUGAUAGGCAUAUUUUAAACUUCCAUGAUCGAAGGUAUACAGAGCUUGUAAACAAACAUAGGCAAAAAGUAACUGUGAAGAAUAAAAUUUAGAAAUUUGCUUCUGCUUUCAAAAAUACUUGUCUGUGUAACAAUAUGUAAACAAAUUGGCAUUAGUAAACAGGUAGUAUUUUACUUCUUCAUAUGCUUCUGCAUUGCUUUCAUGGUCUGUCAAGAGUAUUUUUCUAUCUCCUGAUUAUUUAGUGGCAGUACACAGUGAUGUGUGAAAGCUUGGCAAAAAUAAAAACUGGCAAAUUUAAUAAGCAAAAUAUUGAAAGAUACUGUUUACUUUCAUAUUAAUGAAAGCUGAACACGAGGGACGAAAGAAUAAAGUGUGUCAGUGGUCGCAGUUCGUAACUAAGAGUUCCUCAGAACUCUGUCAAGUGAGAGCCAGGUGCAAAGGGAACCAGUUAAAUGUAGUAGCAUUACAUCUCUUAUCAUUUCAAAAUGUACAAUUCUUUCACUCUCUUCCACAUCUUUCAGAUAUUUAUAAUUACAGAAUCUGUAGCAGAUAUUUAACUUUGUUUGCCAAACCACAUGCCUUCAAAUUUAGAGACAUGACUACUUCAUCCAUUUAAUUCAGAUUUUAAGUGAGCGGUGUGUAUAUUGUAAAAGUGAAUUGGAAGUGCUUGGUCUUAAAGUAUGGCAAUAUUUAACUCUGCUCUGACGUAGAAAACACUGUAACACAAUUGUAAGCUGAAGAGGAUGCACACUGGAUGACUCUCCAUAGAGGUUUUGAAGUUAAGCAUAGUUAAAACAUGCACACAUGUCAUUUGUUAGGAUAGUAAAAACAUUUGUCCCCCAAAAAUAGAUGUUCUAUUGUGUGGUGUAUCACUGCUAAGACUUAAUGUAAGAAAGAAAUGGAAAUAAGUUUCCACAGACUGGUUGGAUGACUUUUAUUCGCGGGUAGUCUGUAGCUUUCACAUUCAUUGUUUCUCUGCUGCUGAUAAAUUGCAUAAUAUUGUGUAUGCUCUAAGUAAAGAGUUCACUUGUGCUGCACUAAACAUUAUUCUACUGCUUUGUGUUGUCAUAGCAGAUACUUCAGUUUUUCUUCUGGAAGAGAUUCUUCACAAAGUUGCAGGAAAACUACCAGUAUCUCGUAGCUAACCACACUUGGCUAAUGUUUUCCUGUUGGGCAUUUGUAACAUGAUCACUACAGUGAUUAUAUGUAUGAUAUAUUAUUUGACCAUAUCAUAUUUUAGUACAGAUGCUAAAGACUUCAUUGUCUUGUGCUCGAACAAGCCUAAUGACUUCUUUUGGCUGUAAUGUGUUCUUCCACUCCAAGUGUAGAUGCUACAAAUGAGGCAGUGAUCAUUUUACAUUGAUAUUUUUAGUUAUCUUAGUCAACAAAGGACUGUCAUUUUCGUAAAAUCUUUAGUAUCUACCAUUACUUGCAGAAAAGGCAAGUUACUGUCAUAUUGGUAUUUUUAAGCCAGUUGUUUUUGCACUUCGGUAUAUUGUCUGUGAUUGAACGCUAUAACACUGUGCACCAAUCAACUGUAAAACUCAGUAUUUUGUUAGUUUUUAGAAACUUCUAAAAAUCUAUAACAUUGACUUUAGAACUUGCUGUUUCCUAUCUUGCUGAAACAAAAUGAAAUACUAGACUGUAUUUUGGCAACAAGUCUACAGUUCCGUUGCUGAUGUUUUAUGUGUCAGAACUAGGAAUACCAAAAGUUAAUUUGAUAAUAUGAUAAGUUUCAUAGUGUUCUUAAGGCAGCAUGAAUUUUGGGGCAUAUCAUGCUGCAUUUUUCUUGUAACUUUCGUCUUUGUUAGACACUAAUAAUUUUAUUACAGUCCAGGCAUACAAAUAGGGAAAAACAUCAUUUUAAAAAGCAUAACUUCAUCUGUCACUACAAUUACUUAAUGUGCUCUAUAGCAAGACAAAAAGUCAUUCAUUUAAAAUUCAAGUUUUUAAUGUUGUGAACUUGCUGUGGUAAGUUUGCUUGAUAUAACACCCAGCCUUCAGUUUUAUGCCUAUUUCUUUUAAUUAUGGACUGAGCUUACUUCCUGUGGUUCCAGGUGGUUGUUAAGUACCUUAAUGAACAAUGAGUACAACUGUAAUUUGGAUGUCCCACGAAUUCAUAAGUAAAAUGAAUUUGUACCACAUUUACAUUGAAUUUUACCCACUUUGUGUAUAAUUGUUUGUACUAAAUAUGACAAAUGUAUGUAUAAUUUUUGUAUAAAUAAUUAUUCUGUAUAUAAAACAUAUUCAAGUGAAUACCAUAAGGAAGUUGUUGUGUAAUUUAUAACUUAUAUAGAUAUAUAAAUAUUUUGUGCAUAUGUAACAAAAGAAAAUAUGUUACACUGGUAUUGCCAAAUGAAAUGCUCAGAUGAAACUUUUUGAGGACUGGUAGUUGAAUAGGUAACCUCAAUCCAUGAUCCCCUUCCCCAUAUUAUACUAGCUACCAAAACUGCAUUUAAAAGGCUGAAACUUGCUUCACUGGGUUUGUUUGUUUGAAAAUAUUGGUAUUCAGUAUUAACUUUGAUAUAUGUAUUCUCCUGUUAAAUGUUGACAUAGCCAGGCAAAUUUGCAGUUUAUAGACCUAUAUGUUUGUUGCAGAACUGCGAGGCAGUAACUGCCAUCAUUUUAAAUUAAAUGUUACGUGCUGAAAAGCAAAUUAUUCUUAACUACAAAUUUUGUGUACAAAUAUUCCAGUAAUGGUGCUCAGUACCACAAGACAGUUAUUAUAUUGUGUGAUAUUCUAAUUACUUUAGCAGGUUCUUAGCCCUUCGUGAAAAAAGCGGACUACAGUGUGACAUUUGAAUGUUUUGUGAGGAGAAUGUUUGAAAGGUGUAAUAACUGUGACAGCUUGUGUGAAUAAAUCUGAAAGUGUCUUUGUAAAUGAGGUUCGUUGUCUUGAAGUCGGCUUCCUCAAUCCUGUUGUGAGUAACUGAGUCCUGUGACUUAUGGAAUGCAGGAACUGCUUCCACAGUUCAUCACUAACAGAGGUUUCUACCCAUGUACAGCUGUGCAGUUCGUCCUUUAGUGUUGAACACAGCUAUCUUUUAUACAACAAAAUCUGCAGAUAUGCAGUUUCAAUAAAUAUUAAUUUGAACCUAGUAA